AUGAAGGCUAGUCUCUCCCUCGCCACAAUCCAGCUGCUGGCCAGCUCCGUUUGCGCUCUCCCGCUGCAGGACAGCCAGAUCCCAGGACAUCUCGUCGCCCUCACGGCCAGAGCAUGGGCCGAAAAGCGCCAGAACAGCACUUCGACCUGGAACCCCCCAGCUGAUCUCGUCACCCCUCUCACCGAGGUCUGGGAGCACGAAAUGUCCACAUACAGCGACCCUCUCGGCUUCAAGAACUACGGUUUCGACCAGGUGAUAGCAACCGGCGGGAAAAUCAACUACUGCGUGCGCUGGGACUCAAGCCAGACCGUGACCGCAGCACAGCGCGAGCAGAUCGCCGCGGCGGCGAGCCGCUCCUACAAUAAAUGGAUCUCCGCGCUCGCAGGUUUCGACGGCUGGCCGUACGACACCGUCGAGGUGAACGUCGUCGGAUACGCCGUGCGCGAUGUUUCCCUCCUCGAAGGGGACACAUCGGGACUCGACAUCUACACCACCGCGGAUGCAGACGGGGUUCCCGAAUGCGAUCCGUCCUGUGGACGGUUCUUCCACCAGGAUGGUGAUUAUAGUGGCUGUGCGGCGGGUGCGGAUCGUCACUACGGUAUGCGUCCCUCCCCUGCCGCGAGACUACCGUGGCUGACCAUCGCAGACGAGAGCUUGUGGCUCACGGAGGGUUUCCAGGGCGGCGCGGGCGGCGACUGGGGCCAGCGCGUGGGCCAGGAGUAUUUCGUCGAGAAUGUCGACUCGGAGAAUAUCCACAUUUACCUGCAUGAGAUAGGACAUACGUUUGCCUUGGAUGAUUUCUACGACUGGACCCCCACUGGCCAAACGAACUUUAUCAUGCUGGCAGGGAGUGCGACUGAAAUCACCGAGUUUGAUGUCUGGAUGGUCCGUGACUGGUGGCGCCAUCUGAAGAACCGGUACAAUUUGUAG